GUCCCUUAAUCGAUUAAAUCACUUUGAUUAAUCGAUUAUUAUACGAUUUUUGGUCUUUUAAAUUGACCUGGCUUCGUCUUCCUCGCCACUUCUCUCAGAAAAUCGAGACCGAGGCGGCGAAACCCUAGGUCUUCUUCCUCUAUUUUCUUCACAAAUUCCUUCAAUCUUUUCAACAAUUUUCACCAAAUUUCAUCAAUUCAAAGAGGGAAGAUGCCAAGGACCAAGAACGCUUCCUCGCGACAAGAAACAGCGGCGGCGGAAGAAGAAGAACGUCCAUGGCGUAAAGAAGGAAGCAAAUACCUCCACAUUCAAACCGGGCUUGUCUUCAGGACGGGAGCAUCAGUUGAGAGGUUCCACAACAACUUUCUCACGAAGGAAAUCGUCUCCCCAAAGAUUGUGGACAAGGACCUCUUCAAAUCGGCGACCUAUGCCCCGAGUAAGUCCCUUUUAGCUCAGCAAAAUUUGCUUCGUUUCAUUCACUUGACGUAUGAAUUCUUUUGUCCAAAUCUUAUACGUCAAUUUUAUGCAAAUCUUCGUACCACUAAGGGAGACUCGCCAUCUCUCGUUUCCUAUGUUGACGGCAAAAGCAUUGAAAUUGAUAGUGCCGGUUUGACCUCUCUCUUUGGCCUUUGCCGAGGUGAAAUUACCGAAAACUUGGAUGAAACAUUCCAAGAUGAGGUAAUUUGGCGACAACUCGGGUUAAACUCUCGUGACCUCAAGUUUAGAAACUCUAGCAACCCGAGUGUCAUCAACCUCACUUUGAUUCAACGCGUUCAACAAUACAUCUUCUCUUAUGUUUUGUUGCCCCGUGAUUCGAACCAUGGCGUUGUCAACAAGGAUGAUAUUCGUUUGUUUCACGUCCUGUUGAACAAUGUCAAAUUUGAUUGGGUUCACUUCUUUGUCGUUGCACUUAGUGAUGGUACUCGGUUUUCCCAUCUCCGUUUUGCCAUCCCGAUCAUGCAUAUCCUUGCUCGUAGCAAAGUGGAUUUUACUCGGGACACUCAGGUACCGGUGAAGAAGACUUGCUUUAUCACGGAAGCUAAGUUCACCCGGAUUGUCUACCGCGAGGAAAAUGAGCAAAAUCUGGAUUUGGUCAUUCGAGACGAAGUGGAGAGAGAGACAGAAGCUGAGUCAUCUCAGGCCGGAGGAAGUCGAACCACGAAACGCGUCACUCGUCAACGCAGGACUCGUCCGAGAGAAGAAGCACCAGAACCUUUUUGGGUGAAGAGAAUCUUUGAUACUCUCACAUGCAUCCGAGACGACGUUCGCCAGCUUAACGAGAGGAUGACUCGUAUCGAGCAUUCCCGCUCCUACCGUGGCCCGCGUCACAGCUUCAGCGGAGGAGCUCUUCCGGCAAACUCUCUUUGAUUAUUUUUUUCUCUUCUGUCUUAACUUAUUAUGAUACAUUGUUUUUUUUGCUAUUGUUGUUAUAACUCUUUUGGUGGAUGAUGAUGUUACUAAUUAUGCUUUUGUUUGUUGGUUUGGAAAUAUGGUUCUCUUUUAGAACAUAUUGUCCCUUUGUGGCAAUUAGAAGUUUUUAAGAAAACUCUUGCAAAAUU